UCCCUUCGGCGGGGCUCAGCGAGCGCACCCCGGCUCGGUGCCGCUGUCCCCGCCCGCCUCAGGUGAGCCCCGCCCCGGCCGUCCCUCCGCGCCUCCCUCCCUCCGCCCUCAGAGCCCGGACCGGCCGUGUCCCGGCAGCUGCCGCUGUCCCAGCAUGGCCCCGCCGCUCCAGCCUCUCAUCCCUGUGCUGCUGCUGCUGCUCUGCGGCUGCCUCUGCCCGCCCGCCCGCGCCGGGCUCUACUUCAGGGAAGGGCAGCACUGCUACAAACCGGCCCCGCGCAAGGCUGCCGGCCUCAGGACCUACCCCCGSCCGCACGAGUACCUGGACGUGUCGGCGCUGCCGCAGAGCUGGGACUGGAGGAACGUGAACGGGGUGAAUUACGCCAGCACCACUCGGAACCAGCACAUCCCCCAGUACUGCGGCUCCUGCUGGGCUCACGGCAGCACCAGCGCCUUGGCAGAUCGAAUCAACAUCAAGAGGAAGGGUGCCUGGCCUUCUGCCUACCUGUCUGUCCAGAAUGUCAUUGACUGUGCUGAUGCUGGGUCCUGUGAGGGUGGGGAUCACUCUGGGGUCUGGAUGUACGCCCACGACCACGGCAUUCCUGACGAGACCUGCAACAACUACCAAGCCAAGGAUCAAAAAUGUAAGAAAUUCAACCAGUGUGGAACUUGUGUCACUUUUGGAGAAUGCCACGUGAUCAAGAACUACACUCUCUGGAAAGUUGCUGACUAUGGGUCUGUCAGUGGAAGAGAAAAAAUGAUGGCAGAGAUCUACACUAAUGGACCAAUUAGCUGUGGCAUAAUGGCUACUGAAAAGCUGGACGCUUACACAGGGGGAUUGUACACAGAGUACAACCCUUCACCAACAGUGAAUCACAUCGUGUCUGUGGCUGGCUGGGGUGUGGAAAAUGGAACAGAAUAUUGGAUAGUUCGUAACUCCUGGGGUGAACCCUGGGGUGAAAGAGGUUGGCUGAGGAUUGUGACAAGUGCCUAUAAGGGUGGAAGAGGAGCAGACUACAAUCUGGCUAUUGAAGAGGACUGUGCAUAUGGAGAUCCUAUACUUCCUUGAUUCUACAUGGUACAUCUUUUUGUUUAGGUACUUUGGAAGCUUCCCAGCACGACCUCUUUUUGUUUAUAGAAUAAUAGCCUAAGACUCUUUCACAGUUCAACACCAUCAGGCAAUUUUGCAAAAUUAGMCCAGAUGCCUUCAAAAAAUACAGAACUGCCUUGAGAUAACUAUUCACAACCUAAGUCAUUUACCCAUGAAGGAGUUUUUCCACCUUAAUGCACAGUAUUAAAAUCAUACUGACUGAAUCWCUGAACGGGUACAUGUAAAUAUCUAUUUUUUUAAAUACAAAUAAUGUAGCUGUGUUGGAAAAAURUACUCAAUAUUUGGGUCUAGAGCUUACUUUAAAUUCUCUGACGGUACUGAGCAAAUAUGUUGCAGUGAUGCAAAAUCCGUAAGUCUGGACUUAAUAAAUUCAAAGUAUUAAAUCCUGUUUCCUUGACCUUCUGGUGAAACAGUGGUGUUGGAAGCCUAAAAUAAUGAGGUUAUUUUUAUCCACCAAAAUGAUAUAAUAGGAAUUACUUUGACCAGCAGAAGUCUAAACACUUCCUUAUUUGUCUUGGUUUUGCUCAAAUKUUCUUGCUUUAAUAUGUGAUUUUAGGAGAAAAAGGGCACAGAGGCAAAAUAUAAAUUGCCAUAACCCAGAACUCCUCACUAAUUUGAUAAAUCAGUGCCAUAUCAAAUGUUAUUAACUUGCAUUGUUAAUUGCAUUUAAUAAACAGAUUUUUCUCUUA